AUGGCUCCAAAGCCUGUGCCUCUGGUCACCCACGACCUAACUCCAAGUUGGCGCAAAUACCGGCAGCAGCGGCGCAGGAUUACCGGCGCCGGGUCAGCAUAUCCGGGGAGUCAGCCGCUGCUACAAGACCAGGACGAAGAAGCUGGCUCUGCGCGGAUCGAUCGUUCGACUCUACCUCCGGAGUGGGUGGACCAUGCCGAGAAGGCCGAAGAGGAGAUCAAGGAAAUCAAGCAACAGAUUGAGAAGCUGGUCGCGGCCCAUCAACACCGCCUGGCGCUACCUGAGGACAGUGUGCAAUGCCGCAGCCGGGAGCGUGAGGUUGAGGUGAUCUCUGCCAACGUCGCAGCCCAGAUUCGAGUCUGCGAGCAGACCAUCCACCAGAUUCGCCACAUCGGGCGAAAGAAAGAAG